UCAGAUUACAAGUCCCUCUUCUGUUUCCCGUGGGUGACCAUCUCAUUUACUUCUCUCUCUCUCUCUCUCGCUAUCAUGAACGACUCAGAGAGUUCAACCUCCAAGUGCUUCCAUGGCGUUCUCCGCCGGCUUCUCUGCACCGGCAGCCUCCAAACCCACCCCUCCGAUCUCAUCCCCGACGCCAAUGACACAGCGAAAUCCCAUCACCACCCUCCAGAAAAAGAUCCGACAAUGGCGGCCAAGCCGCAAGCUCCAGCGACGCCAGGAAUAGUGGCGAGGCUUAUGGGUCUAGAAUCGUUGCCGGAGAUCAACUGGAGCCCGGAAUCAAGAAGACGCACCACUCUCGACUCGUUCCUGCGAAGCAAGUCGGCGAACUCCAUCGAGUUCUUGCCGGAAUUUGAUCGGACCCGAGGACACCACCGGCGGGUCAGAACGUCGAUGUCUUUCCGCGAAGUCCCGACCUUUCUGCAGCAGCAUCAGAGCCACGACUUCUUUGUUCUAUGCUUCGAGAAAGUCGGCCAAAGCCAUAGAAUGAGCUUGAGUGUCGAGCAUUUGGCGGAGAAGAAGAAGAAGUUCGUUCAGAAGAAGGUAAAUGGAGAAAACAUGAAAUUUCAGCGGAGGAAGGAAGAGCCAACUGGGUUUCAUGGUAAAUCUUCUCGAAAUCUUGGAAAUGCUAAUUUAAGCGAUAGAAACAAGAUCGUUCAUGGAAAAGACAGUGAACAAAAUCUGAAGACAAGAGUUGCAGUGAAGCCGAUGAAUCAGAGGAAGAAGAACAGAAACUCAACGAGGAAAAUUAAACCCAUUUGCAGCUCGGAGAAUUCAUUUCCAGUUUCAGUUCUUGAUGUCACCAACCAUCAGAUUAUUUCAGCGGAAGAAUCCAGGGCACGAGCCUCGAAUUCAAGGAGGAAACCCAAACCUUCAUCGAACCCAUCUCCGAAUUCCAGUCGAACUUUCAUAGCGGAUGAUCAUGCACUGAGAGUAAGGAAGAGAAACAGAAUGAGAAAACCCAAGAACCAGGAGCACGUGGUGGACGUGGUGAGUGAAAUUUUCAGGCUCACAGAAGAAGAAAUAAUGGAGGAUUCGAGCUGGGUGGCGGCGAAAUCAGGCGUCAAAUACGGAGACGUGGAAGAGAUUUGCAGAGAGCUUGGGCAACAAAUUCUUGAGCUGCUGGUAGACGAAGUUGUACGUAUUGACUGUAAUUCUGUGAAGAUUUGGGAAUAAACAAAGAGUGAGAAGCGAAGCGAUGAUCAGAUUGUGGUGUGAAAGCGGCUUGCCGACAUAUUGCAGGCUGUUGUUUCGUUUCAGCGCCUAGAAAUCAGAAAUCGCCUUAAGUCUCACGUUGGUCUAUGCUCGUGCUUGUGACUUUGGCAUGCACUCGUGUUCAAUUAUUUAUGUCUCUUUCUGAACCGGCAGUAGCACAAACACAAUAAGAGAUUUAUGUUUUUGUAAAAUUUAUACCAGUGCCGACUACUGCACUAACCAUUAACCAUUUUUAACUGAGGCUUGGUUUGGUGGAAAAAUUGUUAGGUGAAGUGAUGUUUUAUAUUAUACUGCUUGUGAAUUACAAGGC